UUUUAAAAUUAUAUCUAUUAAUUCCCAGGUCCGUGAAUUCCCAAGACAAAAUAUUGAAAAAUGGCGGGAGGAUACUUUUUUUAUCGGUAUUUUUUUGGCUUGAAUUCAAAAAUAUGCCUUACCUCAUUCAGGACACGUACAAUUAUUUCUUAUUCUAUAGCCUCACGUGAGAUGAUUUAUUAUCAUCAGUUUAAUAUGAAGGCAGCUUAAAACUAUACAUCUAAUAAUACCUAUAUUUAACAACACAACUUCCAAAAUGGCUGUUUGCGCUUAAACAAUUGCAUUGGCAUUACCAUAUUCGGGAAAAGUAAAAAAAGUUUAUGACAGUGACAGGUAGAUGACAACUACACAAAGUUCGUGACUAAAGUGAAGUUUUUGUUCCAAUUAACAAAAUUAAUAAAAGUUCGCCAUGUGUCAAUAGCGAAAUUAAUCCGACCCGCCAUAAUCUGGCUUAUCAGAUUACCGUGUCUAGUGACGUGGGCGCGUGCGUGCUAGUGAGACAGAGGGAACGUGACGGCGGCACGAUGUUGUCGCGGUUCGUGGUGUCGCAGGUGAAGCACAACUCGUACUUCCUGGUGGGGCUGGCGCUGGGGCUGUGGCUGGCGCUGGCGGCCGUGCCGCUGGAGUCGGGCGGGGAGGCGGCGUGCGCGGCGGCAAGCGCGGGCGGCGCGGACGAGUACGCCGCCGUACGCGAGGAGCGGCCGCUGGGCGGCGGAGGGCCGGCGCGCGCGCUGCAGCGCCCGCGCUACUACACCACGGAGCUGGGCAUGCGCGCGCCGCUGCUGGCCGCCGUGCUCUCCUCCGAGGACGCGCUGGGCCCCGAGGGCCGCGCGAGCGCGCUCAACGCCACGGCGGGGCGGCUGGGCGGCGCGCUGCGGUUCUUCAUGGCGGCGUCGGCCGUGGCGGCGCCCGGCCUGCCCAACGUCGUCGGGUUCACCGACACGCGCGAGAUGCUCAAGCCGUUUCACGCGCUCAAGUACCUCGCGGACAACUACCUGGACGAAUAUGACUUCUUCUUCCUGGUGUCCGAUACCAGCUUCGUGAACGCGCGCCGCCUCGCCGCGCUGGUGGCGGAGCUCAGCGUCAGCGCGGACGUGUACAUGGGCGCCGUGGCCGACGACGACUCGCACUACUGCACGCUCGAGGGCGGCAUCCUGCUGUCCAACUCGGUGCUGCGCGCCGUGCACGCGGAGCUGGACUGGUGCGUGCGCAACUCGUACUCGGCGCACCACCACGAGAACAUCGGGCGCUGCGUGCUGCACGCGGCGCACGUGGCGUGCGCGCCCGCGCUGCACGGCGCCCGCUACCGCGCCGCGCGCGACGCCGCGCCCGCGCCGCCCGCCGCGCUGGCCGGCGCCGUCACCGCGCACCCCGUCACCGAGCCGCGCCGCUUCCACGAGCUGCACGCCUACGUCGCGCGGGUGUACCUGGAGCGCGGGCGCGCGCAGGAGCGGGCGCUGCGCGCGCAGAUGCGCCGCACCUGGCGCAGGCACCCGCCCGGGUACCGCAACGGCAGCUGGCCGCGCGGCCUGAGGACCGACCCGGGGCUGGCGGAUCCUACACCUGACAAUAGAUGGGACCACCUGCGCUGGACGAUGUUCAACCUGUCGCACGCCUUCAUGCCCGACGAGCACCGCAGCGUCGCUCCGCUCGCCGGCUCCACUGCAGAGGCCGUCAAGUUGAUGUACGAAGCGGUCAGCGCUUGGGCCGUGCGUCGUUGGGGCGCGGCGUCUUGUGAGCUGGUGGAGGGGGCGUGGCUGUGGCAGCCGGCGGCCGCGCUGCGCUACCGGCUGCUGCUGCGGCUGGCGGGGGCGGGGGCCGCGGGGACGGGGGCGGGGGCCCGGCUGCGCUGGGUGGAGGCCGUGAAGCCGCUGGGCGCCGCGCGCCUCGUGCCCGUGCCCUACGUCACGGAGAGCGCACGCGUGUGGCUCGUGCUGCCCGUGCCGCCGGGCGGCCCCGCCGGCGAGGCCGCGCUGGCCUUCCUGCGCCGCUACGACGCCGCCUGCCUGCAGCGCCGCGCCAACACCGCGCUCAUCACGGUGGUGCUGCAGCCGGAGGGCGGGCCGCCGGAGGCCGCGGGCGCCGUGGCCGCCGCCGUGCGCGCGCUGGCGGCCGCGCACCCCUGGGCGCCCGCGCCGCUGCUGCGGGCGGCCUGGGCGCCCGCGGCCCCCGUGCCCGCGGCGCGGGCGGCGCUGGACGCGGCGCUGGGGGCCGCGCCCAGGGACGCGCUGCUGCUGCUGGCCGACGCCGCCAUGGACUUCAACGAGGACUUCCUCAACCGGGUCCGCAUGAACAGCAUCGCCGGCGCGCAGUGGUUCCUGCCGGUGCCGUUCGCGCGCUACGCGCAGUACGCGCACCCGCGGUUCGUGGACGCGGCGGGCCGCAAGCCGCAGGUCAACACGGGCCGCUUCAACCGCGGACACCGCUCCGUGCUCGCCGUCUACCGCCGCGACUACGAACAGGCGCGGCCGAGCGCGCCCCCGGCGGCGAGCGUGGCGGAGGUGCUGGCGGGCGCGGCGCUGCGCUGCGUGCAGGCGCCCGAGCCCGGCCUCGUGCUGGCGCCGCCGUCCUGCCGCGGCCCCGACGCCGCCUGCCUGCGCGGCCUGCGCCGGCGCCGCUUCGCCGACCUCGACCUCGGCGCGCGGCACACGCUCGCCAAGCUCCUGCUCGAAGUACAAGCCGAGCACUCGUAAUCUACCCGCGGAACGCGAACCUCCAAGUCUAUGCCGCCUAGUAACCGGCGAACUAAUCGGCCGUAUGUGGAUAUUUGGACCACUGCUAAUAAAACGUUAUAAUAUACCUUA